AUGAUAAAUAAAACUGCAGCGGAAGCGUUAAAAGAUCGUCUGGGUUUCAAAAACGCUUUUGGUGUAGCUAGUAGAGGUAGAGCAGGUGGUUUAUGUAUUUAUUGGAAAGAGGAAGUUCUGUUUUCUCUUAUCUCUUUUUCUCAGCACCAUAUCUGUGGCGAUAUUGAUGAUGGGACUAGGAAAUGGCGGUUUAUUGGUGUAUAUGGUUGGGCAAAAGAAGAAGAAAAAUGUCACACUUGGUCGUUGCUUCGUCAUUUAUGUGAGGAUUCUUCUCGGCCCAUAUUGUUAGGAGGAGAUUUCAACGAAAUUUUGAGCUACGAUGAAAAAGAAGGUGGGGUGGAUAGAGUGCGUAGAGAGAUUACUCAUUUUCGAGAUACAGUCAAUGACCUUUCCCUGCGUGAUCUUGGCUAUGUGGGUGUGUGGCACACUUGGGAACGAGGUAACUCUUUCUCUACUUGUAUUCGGGAACGUUUAGACCGAUUUUUAUGUACCUCUUCAUGGUUGGAGUUAUACCCAAAUAGUUGUGUAGAGCACUCCAUAAGAUACAAAUCUGACCACUCUGCAAUCAUUCUACGGCCCACCCGCAUUUCUAGGCCUGCUGGUCAGAGACGUUUCUUUUUCGAAUCUUCCUGGCUUCUGGAUGCGGGAUGUGAGGAAUUAGUGCGUUCCUCUUGGUUGGAUUCUGCUGGGCAGUCACUACCGGGCCGUGUCACCUCUUUGGGUCAGAAUCUUGUGAACUGGAGUGGGCAGAAGUUCCGGAAUUUGGGUAAGAAAAUUGAGGCUGCUGAGAAACAACUCCUACUCGUCCAGCAACAUGGUAUUUCGGAUGCCAGUAUUAGAGAUCGUUUGACAAUUGAGAAACAGCUUGAUGAUCUGCAUUCUAAACACGAAGCUUAUUGGUACUUAAGGUCACGAGUUGCCGAGGUUCGUGAUGGUGACAGGAACACAAAGUAUUUUCAUCAUAAAGCGUCACAACGAAGGAAGAGGAAUCAGAUUAAGGGGUUAUUGAAUGCUCAAGGAGAGUGGAGGGAGGACAUUGAUGACAUUGAGAGCAUAUUCACAAAUUAUUUUGCUUCGAUUUUUUCUUCGAAUUGCCCCACUGACGUGCAAUUUCACGAGGUCUUGAAGCAUAUUGAUCCUGUGAUCUCGGUUGAAUGCAAUCAACAUCUCACCAAACCUUUCACAAAGGAUGAAAUCUAUCUGGCUCUUCAGCAAAUGCAUCCCUGCAAAGCCCCCGGACCGGAUGGUAUGCAUGCUCUCUUUUAUCAGCGUUUUUGGCAUAUUGUUGGUGAUGAUGUAACUAGCUUUGUUUGUAGCAUCCUUCAUGGGUCUCUGUCUCCCAGAUGUGUUAACCAUACAAAUUUAGCUUUGAUUCCCAAAGUCAAAUCCCCUUCUAUGCCUGCUGAAUUUCGCCCUAUUGCUCUCUGUAAUGUGAUUUACAAACUAGUUUCAAAAGCAAUUGUGAUGAGAUUGAAAGAUUUUCUUCCUGCUAUUGUAACUGAAAAUCAGAGUGCGUUUGUUCCAGGACGUCAAAUUACUGACAAUGCUCUCAUUGCUCUUGAAGUUUUCCAUUCUAUGAAAUACAGGAACAAAAGCCGAAAGGGUAUGGUUUCAAUGAAGCUUGACAUGAGUAAAGCUUAUGACAGAGUGGAGUGGGGUUUUCUUCGUAAGCUUCUCCUUACUAUGGGUUUUGAUGGCAGAUGGGUGAAUUUGAUUAUGGAAUGUGUUUCAUCGGUUUCAUACUCCUUUAUCAUUAAUAGAGGAGUGCGGGGGUCUAUUGUUCCCAGUAGAGGCCUUCGACAGGGGGACCCUUUGUCCCCAUACCUCUUUAUUUUGGUUGCUGAUGCUUUUCUGAUGGGGGUUUAUAAACUCCCUUGCUCUAUCAUUCAGAAAAUACACUCGGCGAUGGCUCGUUUCUGGUGGGGUAACUCUGACUCUUCAAGGAAGGUUCAUUGGAAAAGCUGGGAGACAAUGUGUACUCUGAAAUGCUUAGGAGGUAUGGGAUUCAAAGAUCUUUCAGUGUUUAAUGAUGCUCUUCUUGGUAGGCAAGCUUGGAGGCUAAUUCGUGAGCCAAAUUCUCUCUUGGCUAAAGUUAUGAAAGCAAAGUAUUACCCAAAUUGUAACUUUUUGGAGGCCUCUUUGGGUCAGUCAUGCAGUUAUUCUUGGAGCAGCAUAUGGAGCUCAAAAGCUUUGCUUAAAGAGGGAGUUGUUUGGCGUGUGGGGAAUGGGACUCAGAUUAAUAUCUGGGACGAUCCAUGGAUAGUUGAUGAAGAUGGGCGCUACAUUUCUAGCUCUCGGACAGCAGACUUAAAUUGGGUUAGUGAUUUGAUUGAUUAUGAGAGGAUGGAGUGGAAAGUGGAGGAGAUUGAAGAUGCUUUUAAUGACCGGGAUGUUCGAUGUAUUCUAGGAACCCCUCUUAGCACAAUUCCUAUGAGAGAUGAGCUCACUUGGGCCUUUACUAAGGAUGCAAACUAUUCAGUGAAAACUGCAUAUAUGCUAGGUAAGGGAGGAAAUCUUGAAAAUUUUCAUCAAGCAUGGGUUGAUUUGUGGACAUUAGAUGUGAGUCCCAAAGUGCGGCAUUUUUUGUGGCGAAUGUGUUCGAAUUCUCUUCCGGUCCGCCAUUUGCUCAAACAUAGACAUAUGACGGAGGAUGAUAAAUGCCCAUGGGGCUGCGGUGAAGCUGAGACUCAAGGCCACGCUUUAUUUGGUUGCCCCUCCUUGCGUGAUAUAUGGCUUGACAGUGGAUGUGACGCUUUCCGUGCAAAUUCUCUAGGACAUCCUAUGAGUGAUGUUGUGGUUAGUUGGCGUGCUCUGGAUAAAAAGAUCAUAAUUAAAGGCUGUUUCCUUGCGUGGUGUUUAUGGGGUGAUCGAAAUUCCAUGAUCUUCAACAGUAAGAAGACUCCUCACCAUGUGCUAUUUGCUCGUGUCAACAGGUAUGUGGAGGAAAAUGGCAGCUAUAUGCAAAAAAUUUACCAUACUCGUGUGCAUCCUCAAGGCAGCCCACGUAAAUGGGUUGCACCACCUGAUGGCAUUUAUAAAAUAAAUGUUGAUGCUUCGCUCGCUGUGGAUGGAUGGAUUGGGCUUGGAGUGAUAGUCCGCGAUGCACAGGGAACUGUCCUAUUUGCAGCUGUUCGUCGUGUGAGGGCUCAUUGGUCGGCCGAAAUCGCUGAAGCAAAGGCCAUUGAGAUGGCUUUGCGGCUAGGACAACGGUAUGGAUUAAAGGAGGUUAUAGUGGAGUCCGAUUGUCAAACGGUGGUAUCCCGUCUCUCUAAGAAUGCUAUAUUUCUUUCGGAUCUCGAUGUUGUACUCCAUAGUAUCUUGUCUUCUAGUCUCUCUUUCUUUUCUAUUUCUUGGUCUCAUGUAAAGCGUGAUGGAAAUUUUGUUGCUCACCAUCUAGCCAAGUUAAUUCCUUUUGGUGUGGAACAAAUUUGGGAGAACCAUGAUCCUCCGGAGGUGGCUCCUUAUGUAUUGAUGGACACGUUGUCCUUGGAGUAA